CCCAGUCCAAGUCUCAAAGCAAGCCAACAAUUUUCACCCUUUUCUGUGUGCACAUACAUUCAUCAUUACUCUGCCCAACCACAUAUCCUCAUCUUCCUUGAAGUUUGCAAUGAACUCCUUAACAUAUACACUUUGAAAACCAGAAAAAAUUGAGACACCUAGAUGACAAUACCAACCCAAUCAUGUGUAAAAUUUUCAUUUCACUUCCUUCUAACUCUGUUCUUCUUUCUAUGCCAUGCAAAUUCUCAGUCUCAGACUCAGUUAUAUGAUCAAGAACAUGAAAUCCUAAUGAACAUAAAGCAAUACUUUCAAAACCCACCUAUCCUCACACACUGGACUCAAUCAAGCUCCUCCUCUCACUGUUCUUGGUCAGAAAUCACCUGCAACAAUGGCUCUGUCACUGGACUCACCAUCACCAAGGCCAACAUCACUCAAACAAUACCACCCUUCAUCUGUGACCUCAAAAAUAUCACACAUGUUAACUUCAGCUCCAAUUUCAUCCCUGGUGAUUUCCCAACAUCUCUCUACAACUGUUCCAAGCUAGAGUACCUUGACCUCUCUCUCAACAAUUUUGAUGGCAAAAUCCCUCAUGACAUAGACAGUUUGAGUGGUAAUUUGCAAUAUCUUAACCUUGGCUCCACCAAUUUCAAAGGUGAUAUUCCUUCCAGUAUUGGAAAGUUAAAGGAACUGAGGGAACUCCACCUUCAAUAUUCUUUAUUCAAUGGCACUGUCCCUGCUGCGAUAGGUGAUUUGUCCAAUCUUGAGGUCUUGGACUUGUCCUCAAACACCAUGUUCCCUUCUUGGAAAUUGCCUAAUAGCUUCACCAAGUUGAAAAAAUUGAAGGUUUUGUAUGUUUAUGGUUCCAAUUUGAUUGGGGAAAUCCCAGAAACCAUUGGAGACAUGGUGGCUUUGGAGAAGUUGGAUAUGUCAGACAAUGGUUUAACUGGAAAAAUUCCUAGCAAUUUGCUCAUGCUGAAGAAUCUGAGCAUAUUGCAACUUUAUAACAACAGACUUUCUGGGGAGAUACCUGGUGUGAUUGAAGCACUGAACUUGACAGCACUUGGGCUCUCAAUCAACACUCUCACAGGGAAAAUACCAGAAGAUGUUGGAAAGCUUCAGAAGUUAACAUGGUUGAGUUUGUCUCAGAAUAGCUUAUCAGGGGUGGUACCAGAAAGCUUAGGAAGGCUUCCAGCUCUUGCCGAUUUUCGCGUAUUUCUCAACAAUUUAUCAGGUACUCUUCCUCCUGAUUUAGGCCGUUACUCAAAGCUCAAGACCUUUUUUGUUUCAUCCAAUAAAUUUACUGGAAAGUUACCAGAGAAUUUGUGCUAUUAUGGUGAGUUACUCAACUUGACAGCUUAUGACAAUAAUAUGUUUGGGGAAUUGCCUGAGUCACUAGGAAAUUGCAGUGGCCUGCUGGAUCUGAAAAUUUACAGUAAUCAGUUUUCUGGUAAUAUUCCUAGUGGUCUUUGGACAUCUUUCAAUUUGUCAAAUUUCAUGGUGAGCCAUAAUAAUUUCACUGGUGUGCUUCCUGAGAGGUUGUCUUGGAAUGUGUCAAGGUUUGAGAUAGGUUACAAUCAGUUUUCUGGUGGAAUUCCAAAUGGAGUGUCAUCAUGGAGUAAUGUGGUUGUGUUUGAUGCAAGAAAGAACCACUUUAAUGGAAGUGUUCCUCAAGGGAUAACUUCUCUUCCAAAGCUAACAACUCUGUUGCUUGAUCAGAACCAGCUUUCUGGGCCACUUCCUUCAGAUAUAAUAUCAUGGAAGUCACUAGUAACUCUAAAUUUCAGCCACAACCAAAUCUCUGGACAAAUCCCAGAUGCAAUUGGUCAAUUACCUGUCCUGAGUCAACUUGAUCUCUCAGAAAAUCAAUUAUCUGGCAAAAUCCCUUCUCAAUUCACCAGACUCACCAAUCUCAACUUGUCUUCUAAUCAAUUGACUGGGAGGAUUCCAAGUGAGUUUCAAAAUUCUGUGUAUGCAACCAGCUUUUUAGGCAAUUCUGGUCUCUGUGCUGAUACCCCAGCAUUGAACCUUUCUUUGUGCAACUCUGGCCCUCAAAGCACAAGCAAGGGCUCAUCAUCAUGGUCUAUUGGCUUGGUUAUAGGCCUGGUGGUAGUAGUAGUGUUCUUACUGGCUUUGCUUGCAUCACUAUUGAUUCUCAGAGUUCACAGAAAAAGAAAGCAAAGAUUGGAUAACUCUUGGAAGCUCAUUUCCUUUCAGAGGCUGAGCUUCACUGAAUCAAGCAUUGUCUCAUCCAUGACAGACCAAAACAUUAUUGGCAGUGGCGGAUACGGUACAGUGUACCGCGUUGAUGUUGAUAGUUUAGGCUAUGUUGCUGUGAAAAAGAUUUGUAAUACCAGAAGCUUAGACAUAGACCAGAAGCUCGAAAGCUCAUUUCGUUCCGAAGUUAAAGUACUGAGCAAUAUUCGCCAUAACAACAUUGUGAGGUUGUUGUGCUGUAUCUCUAAUGAGGCUUCUAUGCUUCUUGUCUAUGAGUAUCUGGAAAAUCAUAGCUUAGAUAAGUGGCUGCACUUGAAACCUAAGUCAUCAUCUGUGUCAGGUGUAGUCCAGCAGUAUACGGUACUUGAUUGGCCUAAGAGGUUGAAAAUAGCCAUUGGGGCUGCUCAAGGUUUGAGCUACAUGCACCAUGAUUGUUCACCCCCCAUUGUUCAUCGAGAUGUGAAAACAAGCAACAUCCUUUUGGAUAAGCAAUUCAAUGCAAAAGUUGCUGAUUUUGGACUUGCUAGGAUGUUGAUCAAGCCAGGGGAACUUAACAUCAUGUCAACUGUGAUUGGCACAUUUGGCUAUAUUGCUCCAGAAUAUGUUCAAACAACAAGAAUCAGUGAGAAGGUUGAUGUGUAUAGCUUUGGGGUAGUCCUAUUGGAGCUGACAACUGGUAAAGAAGCAAAUUAUGGAGACCAACACUCAUCUCUUGCAGAGUGGGCGUGGCGUCACAUUCUGAUAGGAAGUAAUGUAGAAGAUCUGCUAGACAAAGAUGUCAUGGAAGCUAGUUAUAUUGAUGAGAUGUGCAGUGUGUUCAAGCUUGGGGUCAUGUGCACUGCAACACUUCCUGCUACCAGGCCUUCCAUGAAGGAGGUCCUACAAAUAUUGCUCAGCUUUGGAGAACCAUUUGCUUAUGGAGAACAGAAAGUUAGCCACUACUAUGAUGCUGCUCCCCUUCUUAAGAAUUCAAAUAGGGAAACUAGGUUAGAUGUUGAUAUAUGAAUUAGGAUAUACCACUUUUUGGCCUUAUCUCAUUCUGCUCCUACAUGUAUUUUUAAUAUGUAAUUAUGUAUAAGGCAUAGGACAAAACUCAAGCAAACACUACCAUAGUGACAAUUGGCCAAUUAGUAUACAGGAUAUUGGGAUGGUGAGUGAAUCCAACAAUUUGAGGCAAUUUUCGUGAAGAAAGUGGAUAGUGGAUGAGUUUGGUGUUGGAAGGUUCGUUGUACAUAGCAAUGCCUUUUCCAGAGCCAGUGGUCAAUGGUGCCAUGCUAGCUGAAUUGAUCAGUUUUGUUUAGGUAGAAACUAUAUGUGGUGCUAGCUUGUGCAUUUAUUGUGUUGAGAUCUUCUAUCUUCCCUGCUGAUGUAGAUAUAUAUAUCUUCCACCUCAUACGUCCUUCAAGUACUAUAGUAAAAACCACCUUAACUAUA